UUUUAAAAUGAAAAUUGUGGGGGACUCAAAUUGAUUGAAAUCAAACCUCACCACCGCUGCUAGGUCAAGCUUCUCUCUCGGUCAUUGCAUCUCCAAUCUCUCAGAUUCAGAUACCAAUUCGGUUUCUUCCGAACCAAACUUGUUUUUGAGAAAUUCGGCAAUUGAUUUUCCAUGGCCAACAAUCCGUCACAGCUUCUCCCAUCAGAGUUGAUUGACCGGUGUAUAGGUUCGAAAAUUUGGGUGAUAAUGAAGGGUGACAAGGAGCUUGUUGGUACUCUUAGAGGCUUUGAUGUUUAUGUCAACAUGGUCCUUGAAGAUGUUACUGAAUAUGAGAUCACUGCUGAAGGGAGACGGAUAACCAAGCUUGAUCAGAUUUUACUCAAUGGAAACAACAUUGCCAUUUUGUUCCUCGCAAGUGUUAUACUGAUACUAGCAAUUAUCUGGCUUCAUGCAGUUGGUCCCUGGUGGUUCUCCUGAGUCAGAAUGAACAGUGCUACUUGGUUACCAAUAUUAACUCACCAAUGUUGCUCUAGGCACGUAAUUCCUAUAUUUUAACGAGGAUUCUGAGACCACUAGGUUUUUACUUUCUUAUGUUUGUUUUUAUGAUAUGGUUGUAGUGUAAUGCUUAUUCAACUUUUACCAUCAUGUUGAACUGUGGAUUGUCCAGUGUAACAAGUAAUGCUACUAAUUAUGGCAAUUAAUUUUGUGCGCCUUUAUAUACU